AUGAGUCAAAACAAGGAAAAGCUAGAGUCAGAGUUAUUUUAGUAAUACUAAUAGGCAAUUGACCUUCUAGAAAAUGGGAAUGAAGCAUAAGGAAUACAGAUAUUAAAGGAGUUAAUGCAAAAUCAAUCCAUUAUUAAUCAGGAUGAUAAAAAGAUUUUAUAUGGCAUCUAUAUGUCUUUAGCUGAAAUUCUGGUCUAAAGUGAUUGCGUACAGAACAAAUGCGAAGCUUUAUACUAUUAUUAUCAAAGUACUUUAAUUUCAGAUAAUUGUUGGCAAACCUAAAGAAAAAUGGCUUUAAUAUUUAGGCAAUUAGGAAUGAUGCCUAGAGCUUUAAAUGUUAUAUUGAAAGCAUUAUAAUUAUGCAAUUAACCUAAUAUCAUAGAGGCAAUAUUAUAUCAAGUUUGUUCUAUUUGUUUUUUAAUGAAUGAUUAAAAAUAAUUCGAAAUAUAUUUUGAUAAAAUGAGUGAUAAUAAUAAUUUGAAGCAUAAAAUUGCAGAAUUGAAAAAAUACUUUAUUGAUAAAAAUAAUGUUACUGAUUUUGUAAAAGAACUUAUAUAAGAGUAAUCUGAAAUUCAAUAACAAUUAGAAAAGAUCCCUUGUGAGUCUGCUUAGAAGUUAUUGUAUUUUAAUUAAACAUUCUCGUUUGAAAUCAAGUUAGAUACCUAUGAUUUAAAGAAAUUCUUUAAAAAAAUAUAGAAUAUUUUACAAAUUAAUGUUAAUUUUGAAUCAAAAAAGUUUGAUUUUAUUCAUAAUGAUAAAUGCUUUAUGUCUAAUACAAAAAUAAUUGUCAUUUCCAAGGAACAACAAUAAAAUUCAAAAGAUGUUUCAAAAGAAUUACCAAAAGAAAAUUAACCUGUUAAAUAAUCAGAGAGAUAGAAAUCUAAAAAAACUAAAUAGCAAUAAGAUUAAUAAUUUGUUUUAGAUUAGAUCAUUCAAUCUAAUCAUAAUAAAUUAAUUGAAUUAUUAAAAUAAUUUGAUGGGAAUGAAAUAUUCUAACUCAAUAAUAAUAACAAUAAAAUUUAAAGUGAGUAAAAUGAAAACUAAGAAUGCCCUGUAGCUAAAUUUCUUUUAGAAAACUUAAACAACAAGUAGUUUUUAACCAUAAUUUAAUUAUUAGAAAAACUAAUAUCAUUAAUUUGCUUAGAUUUUUAAUAAUAUGAUGAUGCUCCCCUGCAAUAACAAUCAGAUACUUUAAAUGAACAACUUAAAAGCCCCUAAAAGGCUCUUAAGGGUUUAAUAAAUUGUAUCGUAUGGGCUCAGCACUCUACAAACAAAUUUACUGAUGAUCCUAAAAUUAAAUUAAGACUAUUGGAAGUUGCAUAUGAAGAAUUAACUUUUAGAUUUAAAGAAAAGAAACCUAAAUCUCCUGAGCAGCAAAACAAAAUUAAAAACUUUAUUACAUUUAUUAAUAAUAUGAAAUUGGAGCUUCUUUAGACAAACAUUAAUCAAAUAAUAACAGAUAAAGCAGAGAUUUAAAAAUAUUUAUCAAGCUACUAUAGAGUGAUGGCCUAUAUUCAUAGUGAUAUAAAUUUUUUUUAAGGAAGAAUAGCGAAAUAAUGUUCCUAAUAAUUAAAUAACCCUGAAUUAAGUUAAGAAAUUUUAGAUAAGAUAAAAUCUGCAUAAUUUUAAAUUUCUUCAAGUUCACCACAUUAAUCUUAAUAAAUUCAACAAAUUCUUACUUAAUGGGAAUAAAAAGAAUAGAGGCUAGAAGAUAAUGAAAAAAUAAGAACUUAAAUAAUUUAUGUCUAGGAUUAUUUGAAAUAGAAUUAAAGUUAUGAUAUGAUUAAAAGAUUGGCUAUCAUUUGUCUAAAUUAAUUUUAUUUUGUGCAAUAAAAAGAAGAACUUAAAAUAAUUUAUAAAUUUGUGCAACCUUUAAUAUAGCAAUUUUUGAAUAUUCCCUAACCAGAUCUUUCUAUAGGGUUUAUCUUUCUAAAAUUUUCAAUAAUUUAUUCUUUAAUGGAAUUAGAUUCAAGUGAGUUUUUGGCUAAAUUUAUCGAAAUUUUCUUAUAACAAACAAAUGGUUAAAAUAAGCAUCUACUUUUGAUUGAGAUUCUAAAAUUUCAUCAUCUCAAUAUAAAUAAACUUUUUAAUUACAUAAACAUUGAUCUAAUUCUGUAAGAAUUUAUUAAAACUAAAAUAAAGAUGAAAAAUAGAUAUGAUCAAUUAAUUGAACAUUACAAAAACAAUGUUUCAAAUGACUUAGAACUUCGAUACUAUUUGCUUCAUUUAUUAGAUUUAAAAGAUCAAUAUACACCUUAAUUUAUAGUUCAAUAAAAUGAGUUACAAAUUGAGAUUGAAAAAUAAGAGACUAAAUAUCCAUAGCCAGAAUCAUUUUCAAGUGCUUCGGAAGAAGAAAUAGAAUCUGAUGAAGUUUUUUUAAAAUCAUACUAAAAUAUACAUUUAUUAUAGGAUCAAAUUGACAGUUCUUUUAAAUUAGGUAAAUAUAACUACCAGUUUACAACUAAAACAGUUGAAUUCUUGUUGAAUCAUACUAUCAAGGUAAACAUUGGAGACCCAAAAAUUAUUGAACAUAUAAAAAGAUUGGCUAAGGAAAUCAUAAGAGUUGAAUAUGGAUUAACUACUAAAGAAUUUAGCUAUUAUCUCUAGUAAGAGUUUGAGAGAGAUUUAUCUGAAGCAGAGCUUUAAUUUAUGGGUUAUUUUUUAACUCAUUUUUCAAAGAUCUUUUCGGAUUAAAGAUAAUUAAAUUAAUUUACUAUUGAUAUUAUUAAGAGAUCUUUGCAAAAAUAUACUGAUCCUAAGAUUUAGGAAUUUGCUGAAUGGUUAUAUUCUUAGAUUUUUACAAAAUAGAAAUCACAAAUAACUUCAAUAAAAGAAUUCUAAGAUUGUGUUACUUAAAACAAUUUGUAAUGUGAAUAUAAAUCUAACUUAUAUUAUCAAAUUUAAAAGUCAGAAGAAAUAAAUUUUAAUGAAAAUCAACCUAAAUUUGAUUUAAAAAAUAUCUGUUAUGCCUUAGCCUAUAAAGAAUCACCAUAUUUAUGGAAUUACUUGUACCAAGGUACUUUUGAGUAGGCUUAAAAGUAAUUUAAAUUGAAAACCUAAACUGAAAUUGAUUGGUUUUUAAGUCAAAAAAAGAUUUAGGCUUAUGUAAAUAAAAAUCCCUUAUUGAAUCAUUUAAAUGAAUAUAGAUAUGUAAUGGACUUGAUUAAAUUAAAGUAAAGACAAGUUGAAUACUAGCAUUCAAAUAACGAACAGUUGUACAAAAAGACAGAAUAAGGGUAUUAAUCACUUUAUUAAAAAUAAUAUAACAUACCUAAAGAUGCUUUUGAAAUAGAAAAUAAUUUUAGAGUCUUAUAAUUAUAUGAAAAAAAAGUAAUGAGAAAAUAUAGGAAUGUUCCAAUUGAAAGAAUUAGUUAGAAUUUAGAUAAUAUUAACAGUCUUGUUAACUUAAUCAAGUAAAUGAAAGAAUAUGAAAUUGAAUAUCUUUCUCAAUCAAGUGAUGGUGAAUUAGAAAUGAAGUAAGACCUUUACAUAAACAUUUACAAAUUCAUCAGAAGAUUCUUAAGACAUAGACUAUAUUAUUAACUAAAACAAUUAAUCUAAAUAGUUAAAGAAAAAUUUUCUGAUUUAUUAAAUUAAAGUUAAAGUGAUCUUAAAUUUGAGUUUUAAUAUGAUAACAGGAAAUUUAAAAUAUCAAACUUUAAUUAAGAACAACUUGAGAAAGAAGAAAAUACAGAGUUCAAUAAUGAUGAAAUUAAUGUAAUUUUAAAUAACCUUUUGAAUAUAUUUAUAGAGAAUACAUAAAAAUUGGUAAGAAAAAAGGCUUAAAGGUAUAUAAUAGAAGCGUUUUAUUAUGCAACCCAUUUAAAAUUUAAUAGUUAAGCUCCUAUAGAUUAAGUUUUUGCAUAAAUAUCCUCAAUAUAUCAACCUAAUAGUAGAGAUCUUGUGUAUUAUUACUUAUAAAUUGAUAAAUAUAAGUGUGAGAAAGAUGAAGUACUAAGUCAUUACUAUUCGCAAGACCUAAUUUUUAAUUACUAGAAGUCUAAAAUAUUAAAAUUGAUUAUCAAGAUUUUGCUCAAAAUGUAAAAAUACAAAGAUAUCUACUAACUUUUCGAAAAGUUACAUAAGACUUAUGAUAUUAGAUUAUAUUAAGCAUGCAUUGGAUUGUUAGAAGAAUAUAGAAAGAUAGAUGAUAAAGUUUUAAUCAGAGACAUCAUUUUGAAGUCUGAAUCCUACAGAAGGACGACUGAGUUAUUUAAACAGGAUUCUAUUGUACCAUUGCUUAAUAAUAUGUACAUUAGAUUUUAUGAGAAAGAUCAGCAAGAAUAAAAUGAAGGGAAUUUCCUUAAUGAAACAUCAGAAAUUAAAUUAGAGAAAGGAAAGAAACUUAUUGAGGAUUACAGGGCCACAAAGAGAAAACCUGCUAAGCCAAAGGAUCAAUAAUAAUAAAGUUAAUAAUAACAAUAAUAAUAACAAACAUAAAAUGCUUAGGCCCAAAUUUAAACUUAAUUAAUUUAAUAAGUUGUCGAUGAUGUUGGAUAAUAUAUAAAUUAAGGAACAAUAAUUCAGAGUUUCAACGAUUUUGAUAAUAUAUGA